UUACAACUUUAUGCAUACUCUAUACGAACAGACAUUUGAUUCUUAUUUUCUAAUUACAUUUCCUGUUUUUACGGUAUUGUUCCCUAUAUGAACUUCCACUCUCAUUUUCAUCCCUCUAUUUGCUAUUUUUCAGGAUAAAAUAUAGCCUACAUUUACCGAUUAUAUGCGGUAAAUGUAGGCCAUAUUUUAUCCUUAAAAAUCUUCUAGCUUCCCGUUGAUGAAAGAACUUUUAUAAUUUGUCCAGAAAUUUCGGAGCCUAGGCGUUGCUAACAAACAAACAAUCAAAUCUUUCCUCUUUAUAAUAUUAGUAUGGAAAAGUCAAUUUUACGUUACUUAAUUUGCAUCAAUUAUACAUUCUCUUUUGUGUUAUUACUGGUUGGAAUCAAAAUAUUAUCAAUAAUAAUUUAAUCUAAUAUUAUCAAUUGUAUAUCAGAUUGAUAGGCUGCGCAAUUAUAUCAGCUCACGGCGUUGAACGGUUGAACUGAUCAGUUGCAUUCUUCCAGUGGCCAGUUUUCAAGCAUUAGGGGAAAUUUGAAUAUAUAAAUAUGAAGAUAAGAUUUAUAAUUGAGUAGCUUUACUCAACUAAGUACAACAUCUAGUAGUUGUUAUUGUAUGUGGAUUGUUUAUGUAUGCGCGGGCGCAUUGUUCGCGGUGGCUCUCGCUCCAUCGGUGUACAGUUACUCGCAUGUCAUACACUCGCCAGAGAGAAGUACCAGUAGAGUGUAUGAGGAUCACUGCCCCCUCACCUCCCACCACUAUGGCAGCGCGGGCGCACCUAGCCGAGUUGCCACCGCACCCGGGUGCUUCGCCCGGUCUACUGCGGCGCCGCUACUCCGUUCCUGAGACUAUCAUGAGGAAGUAUCGCCUCGCGCAGCAGCGUUCAGAUUCCGAAGAAAGUGGCCCAGGUACUAGUCCAUCGCCAGCGUCGGGGACGCCGGCACGAGGAUCGUGUAGUUCUCUAUGCGAAGCCGCGCAGACGGCGAGAGGCGCGCGGCGCGAGCGUGAGCAAGUGCGUCGUUCAGCGCUGCUACGGCGACUGUGGGGCCGAGGCUGUGUGGGCACCUGCUCCUGUGACUCGCACGCCACUCGCUCGCUGGGUGGCUCACACGCCGAGCUCCGACCGCUCACCAGCCCAUCUUCCUCACGUCACUCACAUGCUGGCUGGGCUACACCUAAACGACAGCGGCUCGACUCGUCACGUGAAUUCCGCGGCAGCGAUGAGAUGAUUCGCGCCGCCAUGAGAAACAGCUAUGACCGGACCGAAGAAGCUCGAUACGACAGGCUCCAUCGGAUCGAACUCGCCGAGUCGACGUAUACCGAGCGGUGUACCCCCUUCGUCAAUUCGGCGACAGACCCUUUGACGGACUGCGACACCCCCUUUGAUGUUAGAUGCGAAAGAAAUGGUUUUGUUCAGUAUUCAGAACAAAAACCAUCAAACACCGCUCUAACGGAAACGGAAUCCGAAAUUCGGAAUGACCGUCCACCAAGUGGACUCUCCGCGCUGAAAGAUGACUAUACCUACACGGACUCGUCCGACCAGUUUUCGACCUGUACAACAAAAGAGACUAACGGGUCGGUCCCGGGCGGGCCGUCUAAGAUGUCUCAAAGCGCUCACAUAGACGGCCGGAUAAGUGAGCGAUCGGUGAGCGUCGAAAAUGAUGACAAUAAUCUAUUGCCGUACAACACGCCUCUCACUGUCGACACUCCAUCUUAUGAGCUUUUAGAAAUUGUAGUCUCUGAAACGUCGACCGCGAAUAAUAACCCAGCCGUAAAAAAUAAUUCACUCAAUAACAAUAACACUGUCGUCUCGAAAAUUCCUCAAGUCAGCCAAAAAAUAGGACAAAAUAUAAAUAUCGACGAGUACGUAUCUAAUAUAUUGGUCGAAAGUUUAAAUUCAUUGACAGACCAGUUGGAGUGCAUGAAUGCAUCGAUAGGUGACGAUCGAAAAAUUAAUAUAGUAGAAAAAGAAAUUAAAGUCAAAUUACAAAACACUGGUGUGAAUACCAUCGUUCACCUUAGUCCUACGUCAAAUAAUCAAAUCAUAUUCGGAAACGAGGAACUCUACAAUAACGACGGCAGAAAAGAUGUCUGUGAUGAUUCUCGAGAUGGGCUCGACGUGAUAGGGAUCCGCGACGAGACCGCCAGCAUGGAGUCCGUGCACAACAACAAUCAAGGGGCAACAUCCCGCGUCCACGAUGCGGUCAACGAGGCCGUAUUGCAGCAGAUUCAAAAAUUAUUUCAGGAUGAGCUGAACAAUUUAGACGCGAAGACACUUUAUCCACCCGGUGAGAUCCCUGGGAUAUCACAUAUCGAAAUAUCGAAUGUUGACGUCUAUAUCGAUAACAACUCGGGAGCGACAUUCGGAAACGGCGACGGCAUCGAAAUGCACACUCGCAACGCCGAUGAUCUAGCUGAACUGAUUGGUGGUAUCGGAACCGGUAACUAUUACGAAGAUCUAGAAAAUGGCGCAACGGUGCCUCGUUUUUCCGCGUUUCCUCACACCUCCUCGAUGGAGGUGAAUGCGUCCUCGUCUGAUGACGCAGAUGCGGGAGGCUCCGAUUGUAUGAGUCUCGUUGACAGUCUGGAUGACCCAAACUCCCCGAGGUCCCUCCUUCUGCGCAGAACUUUCGAUAUCAAUGCGCGGCGAAGUGAACUCGUUCGAUCAGCCAUUGAUGUUCUUGACCUCUUACCGGAGGAUGCCCUAAAAGACCAUGACGGCGGCCCAAAGGAGAAAGGAGAGAGCUUCUUCAUUCGCAUCAAAGACGACGAUUGUGACUGCGAAAAAGAGAACGUCGUAGUAGCCGAUCACAUGCCGGAGAAGAUAAAACAACGUUUAUAUCGCCGGCACCGCCGCCGCGAGCUACGCAUGGAGUGUGCCCGCCGAGCACGACCCAUGCCUGCGCGACGUCCUACCGCUCGACUUGACCGAGACUGUCGCGCGCUACUUGACGCGCUUGUAGACGAUCUUAUAGUUAAAAUAGCUCACGAAGAAUAUAAGUGUAUGCGAAUCAAACAGAGAGCAUCCAGAAUGGUCUCCGAAUCCGGUGAGAGCACUUCUAAGAAAUGUAGCGAGAAAAACACGAGAUACGUUGAUGAUAAGGAAACAUUUAAGAUAACGAGGCACGGAUCCAUAGAUACGACGAAAGAUCGAGUCCUCGGGACGAAAAAGUCCGAAAAACGUCACAUUCGUGGCAAACUAUCACUCUCUACGAAACCCUCACCGGACGACCGCGGCCCGAAGCGAAUAUAUCAGAAAUCUGAAAUUCACGAAGGUAACAAAUGUAUCGAAAUUCUCGAAAUAUUGGAAUACGUGACCGGCUCUCGAAGUUCUUCGGAAACGACAAACUCGGAUGAAAACUGCAUACACAAUUGUAAAGUGAAAAAAUCACGAAUACCCGUGCCGGUUGACGAAAAAAAUCAAAGAAAAUCGAAAGAUCGCUCAAAAAAAAAUUACUGGAGCGAAGGAACUAGUUCACCGCCGAUGGUACCCCGUGAAGAAAGCAAGACCGCGAAUAGUCGCUCGACGACUGAGUCAACGGAGCUCUCCCCGGAGAGCGAGCAGAACAGACGACCUCUCGAACCGCGUUCCCGCUCCAACUCGCUUCGGUUUAGGAGGAUUUUCGAUAGCAUACCGGAGGAAAAAAGCAGCAUCAGCGUUGAUUCCUCAAACGAGGAUAUUAAUCAUAAUCGCCGUGCGUCCGCUCCGAACGUCAUAGAAAAUCUCAACUACCGCCUCGAUCAAAACGGUAAUGGACGCCGUCGUUCAGUUGCAAUCCGCGGCGACGAAUGGACCAGAAAGGAGACAACCAGAACGUCAAUAGAAAAGAGAAGCAUGGGUACGUCGCCUCCAGCGAACAUCGAAGAGCAAACUAAAACUCUACGCCUGAGGAGUCAGACAACGAUGACGUCCCCGCAGCAGCGGUCGGCAGCUACGAGCCCCAUGCGCAGUCCGCGCGCGCCCCCUACUCCGGUGCCCUCGCGCCCUCCGCGAUGCGUACGCCCCUCACCAGGUAUCGUGCUCGCUUGCACGCACCCGCCCCCGCCCCUGUCGCACCGCACCGCUUCGGUGUCCGUAGAGUAGUCGCCGCAGCACGCCGCCCGCGACGAUCGCACAGAUUUUAUAUUCUUAUCCUUAAAUUUAAAAUAUAUUUAUUUUUGUAGCUUUUGUAAGACGUAGAAUCGAUAAGCACCAUUGAAAUGACACAAUGACUUAGGUUAUCGUUUCUCUUUUUGUGAAUCGGAACGAAAUAAACGACUGAGCCGUCCCACUUCUUGUUUUAUUUAUCGAAGGUCCCAAAACCACCGAAGUCGAGUCUGUCGUGGACAAGCGCGGUUACGACGGUCCGCACGCAACGCAUGACUUCAAGGACGACCGCCGUUCCCAAAAUAAUGGAAAUGCUGAAAGAACAACAGAACGCUCGAAGACGGAAACCCGAAAUCGCAAAGUUUCUAAAAUCUCCGGUAUUUCACGUUCAAUAUCAAUGGAAGAAGAUACUCUUCGCAUGCGAUCUGUGAAACUGCCGGAGUUCAAGCCGAGCGAGGCGGGAGGAGCGACGGGAGUGGGCGGUGCCGGGUGCAGUGACAGCAGUGACUCCGGCGGCAGCCUGUUGUGCUCGCUGGCGCCACGCUGGCUGGCACACACGCACCGCGCGCGCCGCAUGCGCCGACGUGACGCACCACCUCCUGCGCCACCUGAACCACCUGUCGCUCCUUCCGCCCCUCACACUGAUGUGACGG